AUGGAAGAACUCCACGCGCAAUACGGCCCAAUCGUCCGCAUCAACCCCCACGAGCUCUCCGUACGCGACCCCGAGUUCUUCGAUACGCUGUACAGCGGCUCAGGCCGCAAGCGCGAGCGCGACCCCUGGCACACUGCCGGUCUCGGGCUAGGAGGCAGUCUCAUAGACACGGUGCCUCACGACUUGCAUCGCAAGCGCAGAGCGGCGCUGAGUCCGUUUUUCUCAAAGGCGUAUACGAAGCGCAUGCUGCCGGUGGUGGAGGAGAGAGUCGAUGCGCUGAUAGGCCAGCUUGUUAAGUUGAAGAACGCGGAAGCGCCGGUUAAUUUCCUGCAUGCGCUUUCGGCGUUUUCUAAUGAUGUUAUCAUGGAGUACUGCUUCGGGAAAUCCUCCCAUAGAGUCGAAGCUCCUCACUUCGACCCCGCACAACACAACCUCUCACUAGACUCCGCAAAAGCGACAAACAUCCACAGGAACUUUCCUUUCCUCUCCAAAGCCCUCCUCGCUCUCCCGAACUCCAUUGCCGUAUUAAUCGGCGGCGGCCUCGCAGCCGUAGCUCAACAGAAAGAGAACUUCAACGCCGACAUCGAGGACGUAAAAAAUGCCUCCUCAAAAUCGCCCACAGACCGCGAGACCAUCUUCCACGCGCUCCUCGAAAGCGACCUCCCUGCCAGCGAGAAGCGCAACGAGCGCCUCAUCAGCGAGGCCAUAGUCCUCAUCGGAGCCGGUAGUCACACGGUAGCAUGGGCCCUAACAGUAGCAACCUACCACAUCCUCUCCUCGCCCCCAACCCUGCAGGCCAUAAAGCAGGAACUCAGUGCCGCCAAGCGCCGCAACGGGGGCGAAGAGCUCACAUUAUCCGAGCUAGAGAAACUGCCGUAUCUCACGGCCGUGAUUAAAGAAGGCCUGCGUCUCUCAUACGGCGCUUCGGUACGCCUGCCUCGCGUAUGUCCAGACGCUACGCUUCGGUACAAGGACUGGGUGAUCCCGGCUGGGACAGCGGUCAGCGUCUCGACCGUUAUGCUGCACCACGACGAGACCAUAUUUCCGGAUUCCAAGGCCUUUGUACCGGAGCGGUGGCUGGAGGAUAAGAGCGGGCGCCUGGACAAGUAUAUGGCUGCGUUUUCGGGCGGCUCGCGUAUAUGUCUGGGGAUCAAUCUAGCGUGGGCAGAGCUGUAUCUUUGUCUUGGUGCGAUUUAUAGUACGUUUGGUGGCAAAGGAUAUAGCGAGGCAGGGGAUGAGGGGGUAUUGGAGUUGUUUGAGACGGAUGUGGGGGAUGUUGAGAUCUGUAGGGAUUUGUUUUUUGCGAUUGCUAAGGAUGGUUCGGAGGGUGUGAGGGUCAAGAUAACAAGUUGA